UAAAAAAAACAUCAGUUAGAAAAACUUUUCAACAGAAUAAGACAAAGAAAAAUCAAACUAGAAAAAAUACGUAAUUGAAAAAAUAAAAAAUUUUGCAAAAAUUGCAAACUAAAGGCAUAAAAUAUAAUUAACAAAAAAUGGAGUUCACUAUAGUGGAAUAUUACGGGAAACAAGAAAGUAAAUGCGGCUACUGCAAAGGUACCAAAUGCAGCAUUGGUCAUGGAAUGCAUGCCUAUACUAUGUCACCAGCAGACUAUCAGGAUCUUAUUGAUCGUGGUUGGCGACGCAGUGGCCAUUAUUGCUACAAACAAGAUAAUACAACAACAUGUUGUCCUUGUUAUACCAUCAAAUGCGAUGCUUUGGAAUUCAAAUUAUCUAAAUCCCAUAAAAAAGUACUUAAACGUAUGAAUCGUUUUCUACGUGAUGGCAAACGUGAUAAAAAUGAAGAAGGUCAGGGUACAAAUAAUGCAGAUAAAGAGACUAAAGAUAAUGACAAUGAAGAUGUGGGAGAUGAUGCUGGAGGUGGUGGUGGUAUUAGAGAAGAAGUGCAGGGACCUAAUGUCCCCCUAAAAGAUAUAAAUCUAGAGUUAUUUGCUAAAGCAAAUGGAGAACCAAACACUGUUAAGGAUAAUUAUAAAGAAAAGGAAAAAACUCCGGCUAAAGAUAUUGAAGAUAAAAAACAAACUAAUGAAGAAUCCUCAAGUGGCAGCAAGAAAUCUUUAGAAGGUGUUAAUCCUCCUUGCAAGAAAGCCAAACAAAUGCGUUUGGAACGUAAAAUGGCUAAGCAGGCUGCUAAAGGUUUACCCACAGAUUUGCCACCCAAAACACCACGUGAUCAAGAGAAAACUCUAAAUGAUUUAAUUAAUGAUGCCAGACCCGAUGAUAAACAUAAACUUAAGAUUGUCUUAGUACCUUCGAAUAAAGACAUUUACUCUGAAACGGCAUUAGCUUUAUAUCGUAAAUAUCAAUUAAUUAUACACAAUGAUAAUCCCGAACGUCUACAACCUAAAAAUUUGCUACGUUUCCUUUACAAUUCCCCUCUUAAGCUCUCUAAACCUGCUGAUGGUCCUCCCUCGGGAUAUGGUUCAUUUCAUCAACAGUACUGGCUAGAUGAUAAACUAAUUGCUGUUGCUGUCAUCGAUAUAUUACCCUAUUGUGUUAGUUCUGUUUAUUUCUUUUAUGAUCCAGAUUAUAAUUUCCUAUCACUGGGUACUUACAGCUCUUUAAGAGAAAUUGAAUUAGUUCAAAGACUUGCCAGUAUUGUACCCUCUCUUAAGUAUUAUUAUAUGGGUUUCUAUAUACAUUCCUGUCCCAAAAUGCGCUACAAGGGUAGAUUAUCAUCUUCAUAUUUAUUGUGUCCCGAAACCUAUACUUGGCAUUUGUUAACUGAUGAAAUACGCUCUAAAUUGGAUGCAAAUAAAUAUCAACGUUUUAACAAUGAUCUACAGGCCAAGGAUGCCAAUGAGUUUAAGAUUAGUGACAUAGAUUCAGUAUUAUUGUUAAUAAAUGCCAAGACAUACGUUAAAUAUCGUCAAUAUAAACAGAUUGCUGGCAAUGAAGAACGCGAAUCAAUUAUUGAGUACAGCCAACUGGUUGGCAAAGCUUUGGCACAUCGUAUGCUAUAUUUGAAAUUCUGAAGAGAAGGCGUUCUUUUUUUUUUGCUGAAGAAAAUUUUCGAAUUUUAUUUAUUUUGAGUUUCUCAUUAUCCAUGUUAAUAAUGUUUUAAAAUGUAUUAAGUAGUAGUGUUUCGCUUAAAAAGCUUUAACAUUUCAUUACCAUUUUGUUUCGUUUUUUUUUUUUAAAUCAAUGAUUUUCCUAUGGACUACAGAGAUGUAGACAUGGAAAGCGUUGAAUACAUUUUAUAAAAAUACCCUUUAGUAGUUAAAUAAAUAGUUAAAUGCUUUUAAGAUUUUAAUUUAAAUCUUGUGAUUUUAAAAAUGUAAAA